UUGUAUCUUACCCUCGUACCUUGGUAGGUAUCUCGAGUGCACAAAUUUUUUGUGUUCCCCGCUUCUGCCUGGAUCAUGAAGCUCGCCCCACCUGCCUCGAUUUGCUGGACUUGAUCAUCACGUUCAUCGACCCAACAGACAUUGAUAUUUCUCGAUCUCAUAUUCACGUUGGAAUUUCCCCACGUUCAAAGAAACGGUGCAUCAAUACCUCGGCACACUGCUGUCGCCCUUCCAAGAUGUCACAGCCUACGCCAUCGGCAUCAGAGCCGUCAACAUCGGUGAUGGAUGCGCCGGCAAACCCCCAGCCCAACUCGCCUUUCAACAGAGUUCCUCUCGAGGUUCUCAUUCGAAUAUCCGAUCAACUGGCAACUCCCGACCUGGGAAGCCUCCGCCUGACAUGCAGGUCUAUAGAGCAGUCCAUGUUCAACACAUUCAUGGGGGAGUUCUUUACUCAACGCCAAUUCAUGCUCACAGAAUUCAGCCUACAGACCCUCAUCGACAUCAGCAAGUCACGGCUCAGUGAUUGUCUGCACUAUGUCAUCAUCGGCCUCAACACAUUCACACGUCACUAUUUUUCCCCUGGAGAGGAAGCCAAGGAAACUCGCUAUCGCGAAGCCCAAUCCGAUCACUACACCCUAGUCAACAGCGGUCAAGAUGUCGCUAUGCUGACGGAAGCUUUCAGAAACCUCAGAAACCUCAAAACUGUUGGCAUCCGUGACUACCACUCUAGUGGACGGAACUUUCGGGAUGGCUUCAGGGUCGACUGGGCGAGUUACGGCGCCACCACGCUCCAGCAGGAGACUGGGGUGAAUCUUCUCCGUAUACCUGUUGAUGAGAUGGUCACCUACACCAACAAAGUCUUCGUCACCCUCUUCACCGCACUUGGCAAUGCUGGUGCCCGCCCCAGUGCCUUCGAACUGCUCCGCCACCAGCAAGGCGUGCCAUCCGACGAUGCUUUCAACCUCUUGACCAAGUACCUCAAGCCCAAGGUUGUCCCCGUUCUCGAGGGUCUCGAGACCUUCAUCUGCGUUUUAAACGUAGCAACUGGUCCUUUCCGAGUCACUUCACUCACAGGCAGCACGGGCACUCCCGAACGGCGUCGAUACGACUAUCUCCUGCGCCUCUUCUUAGGGUACAUGCCUAACCUGAAGCAUUUGCGGACAAACUUCGCACACCCAGGCCACAACACGGAUGCCGUCGAUGAAUUUAUUGACUGGCUGGGCACACCUGCCCCCAACGCUGCCUCUGAGCCCGACGACAACCAGCUACCAACGCCUCCAGCUCCGGUGGCGUUUCCUCACCUUGAAGAGAUCAACUUGGGCUUCGUAGAAGUUGAACCGCGGCGGCUUCUCCAAGUCGUGCAAAAGUUUGCACCGACACUCAGGAAUCUAGAGCUGUGGAAGGUCACGCUCCGAUCCCGUACAGGAGCCGUUUUUGGGGACUAUGACACGAGAAGUGACAUCUCCAUUAUCAACAUGUGGGCUCGAUUCCUUCAGAGUCUGCGUGACGUUCCCAAUCUCGAUCUGAAUCACAUCAUGGUCGGCUGUCCUGCUCAGCGCAUGUCUAUGACGAGCGCCAGAGUAUGGGUUCAAGUCACAGACGGGGUGCCUGAUAAGUCCGUGAGCAAACGCGAGUACACAGGCAUCGACUGGAGGCAUUUUGUGGAAGACUUGGCCAAGCAAGUCAUGGUGAAUAUCCCUCCCGAGUAUGAGCGCAACUCAGACUCGGACGACGAAGAUGAAGAAGACAUGGACGACGGCAUCGACGACGACUUGGACGAAGACAUGUUUGACGCGAUCCAAGAAGAAAUGUUUGCAGAAGGCUACUUACCAGACGAGAUUGAGGACACGCUGGAUGACUACGCAGACGCGAUAGCCCACGAGCAAGGCUUUUAUCAGAUGGUGUUCCAGUAGAUAAGCGGGAUAUAGAAACACAAUUAGGCCCGGGCCGUAUUCCAGUCCGACUCUUCCCAUGAUUUACAAUCGUUGGGGCAACUGGUGAAAUUUGGAGGCUAAAAGGGACGUCCAGCCCUUGAAUCGAGGAUUCGGGGUUUUGCGUCUGGUGAUGUUGGCCAUGUAACUGCUUCUCGUGGCGUGAUCCGAUGUAGGGCCUGGAAUUGAGUUGGAAGGGUCCACCAUGUACAUCUCUAGGCAGCUGGCCCGCCCAAGGAAGUCAAUCAGGGUUGAAAAAUGAAUGGGCAUGAAGCGAUUCGGAUACCUCAGAUGGCAAACUUGAGGUACACUGCAAUUUGAAGCCAAGCACUUUCUCCA